AUGAACACCUGUCCGACUGGCGUUUUGACGGGUGGCGGCGAUGCUGCAGAGAUCGAUGAGGGCGACGAGGAGCGGAACGCGGCGCGCAGGCUCCUGCACGCUUCGUCGCGUCGCUCGCCGUCUCCUGACCUGCCAGAAGACUGCGCAACCUGCGGGAGUUCGACGCCCGAUUCUCACAGCGUCUCGCCCGUGGAGCACUGCUACGCGGAGGAGUGUCUCCAGUCUCUCGACGGACCUGAUAUCUUUGGGACGGAGGCGUUGGAAACCGUGUGCUGCGUGGACAUUCUUGACUCGUCCUACAAGCCCGACGUGCAGCAAGUCCUGGCGCUCUGGGCUCUCGCCUUGGUGACCGCGACGAGUCUGCUUCUAGUUGGUUUUUUCGGAUCUUUUCGGUAUCUGCGCCUCGAUGGGAGUCUGGAUCUCUCGCAAAACAUCUGGAGGGAGGAGCUUUUCCUCUCUGCUGUGCUGCAGUUCAUGGUGACGCUUCUCGGUGUUGCCUUCGGCUUCAUGGCGCUCGCCGGUCAUGCGCAGCUCGGCACGUCGUGCAAAGUUCAAUCCCUCCAGAGGUUCUUCACGUGGUGCCUGGUGCUGCACAUCGCCGCGGCCUUGUUCUGCCUGGUAACGGCGAUCAAACUAACUGCGUGCAACGUCGUUUCUUCCCAGUCGCUCCCCGAAGUCUCAUCCAUGCCACUCUCGCCUCCUCUGCACGCUUCGCGCUUUUUUUCGCACUUUCCCCGCUUUCCUCCGUCGCUGGUUUCUUCGUCAGGACCUAGCCAGCCGCUCCGAUCCCGUGCUCCUUUAAACCCUAAGCCAUUUCCUGCGUCGUCCCCUGCGGCGGGGGACGGACUUCCCGCUUCAUCUCACUCGUUUGAUGCAACUGAGCUCCGGCCUAAGACUCUCAGGCCGCCUCACGAGGCGUCUGUCCCCGCCGCGUCAGGUUCGCUUUCUCUGUCUCCUGAGCUUCCUCCGUCUGCUGCGGCCUCCUCGGCGCCUCCCCAGCAUCACGUCCCUGCGCCAGGGGACGUGCCGCUGCCCUCGGCCUUCUCGUCUGCGCCUGCGUCCUCGUCGUCUUCUGCUUCUCUUUCGCCGCCUUCAGCGGGGGGAACGAAGAAGGCCGUCCCUGUCUCCAUCUAUUCUGCACCGACGGUUGCGCCCUCCGAGCGGCCUUCUUCGCCUCUCACUCCCCCUGCAGUCCCUAUCACAGCUGCCAACGGUGGUGCCGCUCCUUUGGUCGACGAGCGAAACACCGCUGCGUCUACUGCGCCUUCACCAUCAUUCGUUCCCUCUCCGCUUCGAGAGGGAACGAACGAGCUACAGUCAGCUGGAUCGCCUCUCAUGGACAGUUCGAGUUCUAAAUUGUUCGAUUCGGAUGAAUUGGCUGCAGAGGGAGCCAGGGUGGAGGCGUCCGCCCCUGCAGAAGCGAAUCGCGCUGCUGUCGCAUUUCUUAGCUCGCCUGUCUCUUCCUCGGUCUCUGGAGAGGUCAGCGGCGCGUCCCCGGCGGCUCAUGCUCAGGACCUUCCGCAGCCCAGCCUUUCGCCUGAGGGAUCCUCUGCAGCGAGUUCUGAUCUCGCCGACGAUCGCCCUGAAGCUGGCCUACAGGGAGGAAUGGAGACAGGUGACGCGGCGCCUCCGCGCGGCGGCGUGGCUGCGCCGAAAAGGCGCGCCUCCGAAAGGCGCGCCUCAGAGAGUCGGGCGUCGGCGGCGUCCGCGCUGGAAGGCGACUCAGGGAGAGUCGACGUAAAGCCCCCGCGCGCUUCUCUUGUGCCUGCCCUUUCAGAUCCACCCGCAGAGCAGCCCCUUUUUCUUGAGCUGCCACCGUCGGACCCGUGGCGGGACUCUCGCCAGCCGCAGCAGGUUGCCACGACCUCACCUCUGUCUAGCCUGGCGAACCUCGCACUAGGCACCUUUCAGGACCAGAGUAACAGGGGGCAUAUCAUUACUCGCGCGUACUUUUUGCCAAACUCAGACGAACCAUUCAGUAUUGCGUUCGACCGGACAUCGGCUUCGCGACCACUGUCGCGCGCGUCCACGUCUUCUGCCUUUCGUCGGUCGUCACCUGUUUUUUCGGGAUCUUUGUCUCUCUCUGUGGGGAAGCCGGCCGCCUCUUCUGUUCGCGCCCGGCGAUCCUUAUUCAAAAGAGAAAAUCAGGACGGGCCCGGCGACACAAGGCACGAGGAGAGCGGAGAGAGCGGGAAAGGUGAACUCUCUCUCCCGGGUUCAAUUUCGAAGGAGGCUCCUCUCUAUCGAAAAAUGGUGAUCUCUGCGAUCGCAGUGAACUUCUUCGGUUUCGCUCUGCACGCACUCUGCUUUGCCGCCACCUGGCGCGUUGCGAGCAAACUCGGGAGGCUCUUUGGACUGAAAAUGCCCAGAAUUCCCUUCUGA